AUGGAUGUCAAGGCGGCGCCCAACGGGGUAGCCACCAUCGAGGACCGAAUCCUUCGAAUCACCGGCUACUAUGGCUACUACCCCGGCUACUCCGGCCAGAAAAGUGCCUCCCGAUCCUCUGUCGUCCGAUGCAAGCCGGGAGCCAACUGCCCCAGCACGCAGACUGGCCUCCGCAGGCAGCAUUCCCCUUUAUCCGCUGCUGAAGAUUCUGCUGCUCCCAUUCUAGAGCUGCAGAGUCGGAGUCCUUCUGGAUUUUGCCGGCACGGCAGAGGAGAGAGGCAGGACAGAUCAGGAGAAGAAGGGACACAAACUCAAGCUGAAAACAUCAGCCAGGAGAGCCACGCACAGACCCGCUGUGAGUCUUGUACAUCUACUUUCAAGAUCCUCUGGGGAUUUCUAAUUAUUUUGUCAGUCUCAUCCUCUUGGAUUGGAACAACACAGAUUGUCAAAAUCACAUACAAGCACUUUGAUUAUCUUUUCAUGACUUGGUUUUCUACAAAUUGGAAUAUUAUGUUUUUCCUUUAUUAUUCUGGACAUUUUGCAACUUCCCAGGAAAAGCAGUCUCCAAUCAAAAAAUUCAGGGAAUGUAGUCGGAUCUUUGGCGAAGAUGGUCUGACGCUGAAACUCUUUCUUAAAAGAACCGCUCCCUUUUCUAUUUUGUGGACUUUGACUAACUACCUAUACCUGCUGGCUCUGAAGAAGCUGACCGCCACAGACGUCUCGGCCCUCUUCUGUUGUAACAAAGCCUUUGUCUUCCUGCUCUCGUGGAUUGUCCUGAAAGACAGGUUCAUGGGUGUCAGGAUAGUUGCCGCAAUAAUGGCCAUCACUGGAAUUGUUAUGAUGGCCUAUGCAGAUGGUUUCCAUGGCGAUUCAAAUGGUGUUGCAUAUGCAGUUGGAUCUGCUUCGACCUCUGCGCUAUAUAAGGUUUUGUUUAAGAUGUUUCUUGGAACUGCCAACUUCGGUGAAGCUGCUCACUUCAUCUCUACCCUUGGCUUCUUCAACUUGAUUUUCCUUUCCAUCACUCCCAUCAUCUUGUACUUUACCAAAGUGGAAUACUGGUCACCCUUUUCAGCUGUGCCAUGGGGCUUUCUGUGUGGAAUUGCAGGCCUCUGGCUGGCUUUCAACAUUUUGGUGAAUGUUGGUGUUGUGCUUACAUAUCCAAUCUUAAUAUCUAUUGGGACAGUACUCAGUGUUCCUGGCAAUGCAGCUGUUGAUCUCCUCAAACGUGAGGUGAUUUUUAGUGUCGUCCGAUUGGGAGCCACCAUCUUCAUCUGCCUUGGGUUCCUGCUAAUGCUUCUUCCUGAGGAAUGGGAUGAAAUUACACUGAGAUUUAUCAACAAUUUAAAAGAGAAGAAAAGUGAAGAGCAUGCUGAAGACGUGACUGAUUCAAACAUUCACUUCAGGAGCAGGAGUAGAGCGAAUGGGACGGUGUCUAUACCGCUGGCUUAG